UGCAUCACCGCCCCGGAGCUGCACGCACCUGCCGCACACACUGACCGGUGUCGUCUCUCCUCCUCCUCCUCCUCUUCACAGAAUCCGGAUCUGGAGCGCGUGCACACGUCCGGUCCAGAGAGUGGCAGCAGCGGUGAUGAAUGACGGUGCCGACUGCAGACCUGGACCCGGGCCCUAACCUGAGGAGACGGAGAGGGGAGGGAGAGAGAGGGGAGGUAGAGAGAGAGAGACAUAACUCGAGGGAGAGAGAGAGAGAGGUAGAAGACGUGCGAGGGAGGGAAGAGAGAGAGAGAGAGAGAGAGAGAGAGAGAGAGAGAGAGAGAAAGGGAGAGAAAGGGUGCUUACUUUGUAGUUGCCGAGAGCCGCGUGACAGUUUGCAGAUGCCGACAGAUGUGCCCGAAGACAGGCUCAACAACGAGGAGAAGGCAACCACGUGUGACAGUAUGACUCUGUCCAGCACCCCGACUCUUCGCAGAGGAAGCACUCCUCUGCCAAUUAAGCACCAGCUCAGACGAGAAGAAGCUGUCCACGAUGACUGUGACUGGACAUCAGGUGCAGCCGGGCCUUCCGCCUCACCGAUCAGCUUCAGCCCCGCCCUGGAUGACACUCUGACCAUGGCGGUGGAGGGCAGGCCUGACGGGCCUUUAAGGAUCGCCCUGCUGGGGCAGAACGGCGUGGGGAAGUCUUCCCUGGCCAUCGCUCUCGCCGGGGACAUGGACAGGACCGCGUCUGUGGAUUCUGAUGGGGAGGGUUAUGUGCGCACAGUCACAGUGGAUGAUGAGGACAGCACCAUCAUUAUCUAUGACAACUGGAGACAGGACCUGUCGGCUCUGCAGUGUGAGGUGUGUGUCCUGGUGUUUUCGGUGACUGACAGGCGUAGUUUCCACCGCACCGCUCAACUCCGACUCCUCCUGAGAGAGACUCAGCCCCAAACUCCCAUCAUCCUCGUUGGUAAUAAGAGUGACCUCGUUCGCACACGUGAGGUCUCCUCUCAAGAGGCCAUGUCCAGCGCCGCCCUCUUCAACUGUCUGUACCUGGAGAUCUCCGCCUCUCUGGAUCACCGCACCCCGGAGCUGCUGGAGUGCGCGGUGCGGCUCGCCCGGGGCCAGCCCCCGUGGCCCCCGGGGACCAACGCGGAGGACCUGAGCGGAGGAGGUCAGCGUGAGAGCAUCACCUCCCGCGCCAAACGUUUCCUGUCCAGCCUGGUGCCCCGCUACCCGAGAGAGCGGGAGCAGGGCAAGUUCCUGAGGCAGAAAUCCCGCUCGUGUCACGACCUGGGGGCGCUGUGAUGGGGAUUGGCUGGAUCGGUGACGUAGCAGGAAGUGGAAGUGAUGUAGUAAACCGACAGCGAGAGAGAGAGAGAGAGAGAGAGAGAGAGAGAGAGAGAGAGGAGGCGAUACAGCAAUUAGUGCACGAGAGAGGAGGAAGCGAGUGUGACGUCAGGACGGUGUUUGUGUAUCCAGGGAGAAUGACAGCGAUGUUAGUGAUGAUGUUUAUAUGUAGGAUGACUCAGAGCGUUUUUGUACACAAAGACCGAAGCCACAAAGAAGAAGAGAAGAAGAGCUAAAACUGUUGUAAAACCACCUGUAAAUAACCUGUAGUAGUGAUAGUGAACUGCCGCCCUCAGCUGAAUAAACCGCUUUUUUGAGUCUCGACAAAGUCACUGCA